GGGGAAACAGAGAUAAGAAGUGCACCCGGCACAGAUAGAGCCAACUGAAGACCGCCUGAGGGGUGAAGAUAAUAGAGACGGGCCCCUCUGCCCACGCAACCUUAUGCUGUCAGCAGACUAGCUGUUCUGCUUGAGGGAGGCCACGCUGCUGGAGAGUGCGAAGUAUUUUGGUGUGCUGUUGGGAACGGAGAUGGCGGAGCCCACUGGAGGUCCUCAUUUCGUUGGAACGAAAGAGGAACUGAUGCAGGCCAAGCGUUCAUUCAGGACGCUGGAGGGGAGAGAUAUCCUGAUUGUCUACCACCAAGGAGUCUUCUAUGCUUUGGACUCUUAUUGUUAUCAUAAAGGGGGACUACUGCAGAAUGGCGACAUCGAGGAAAUUAACGACAAACUGUGUUUAAUCUGUCCGAGGCACAAGUAUAAGAUUUCUUUGGACAAUGGCGAAGGUCUGGUCAAGGCCACAGACGUCAAGGCACAGCCGCCGGUAGUCAAAUGGUUCUCUAGAGGUGUGAAGCAGCGGGUCCACACCAUCACUGAGACCGAUGGGAAUGUCUACGUCAAGCUGUCAGAGGAUCCAGGCUGGAUUCAGUCAGACUACUACCAGGGAGAGGACGGCAAAAAGGAAAGGGCCAAAGAUGAGGCGGAGGAGGAGUCCACCUCUUGAGUGUGGCACAGAUUUGAUGAGGUCUGCGCUUCAAUAAUCAGCCAUGAUGACCAGUGCUGGAGUAGAUGGAAGCAAUAUGAUGAGGGACUGUAUGAUGGCAGCAUCACUGAACAGAGGAAGGCAUCGGGAGAGGGUGACACAUCGGGCAUUUAUUGACGUGUCCUCCAUGAUCUACCCCCAUGUCACCAAUCAGAUUGUCAUAGCAAUAUCAUUUAAAUAAAGCCAAGUAGACCCUUCACACAGGUCUCAUUGCUUAAUGAGUUUUGGGUUAUAUUAUUGUUAUGCAGAGCUUUACAUAUACUGCCAUAUCGCAAGAGCAUGCAGCUUACUCAAGAAAUGUUUCUACAAACUACUUUUGAAUCCUGUUUAUUUGUCUCUUGUUAAUCUACAUAAUGUUACAAGACCCCUAGAUUCAUGUCCAUGUUGGUUCAUCCCUGACCAUACCAAUAUCCCCAAUGCAUACUGCAUACAACCAGCUAAUCAGUAACACAAGAAGGGUUAAUGGGUGCUCAAUUCAUAUUUACCCAUGUAAGCCUAAAGGGACAAAAAUGUUUGACGUUUGGAUGAACAUAUAUAGAAAAGGCAACCAUAGUGGCCUCGAUGCAGAAAAUAAUGAUGAUAUAAUGUUUUCAGUUUAUCCUGUGCACCAUCUGAAUCCCUUGGAUGAUAUAUUAAAAGAAACCCUUUCAGACA